AGACAAAAUGUUUGCAAAUGUUGUAACCUGAACGGAGUGACCAGGAAUGAACUGACACGUGAGGCCAUAAUUAAGGGAGCGCAUAAAAGUCGCUUCUUAGUCAGCCUGGGCUGGCAAGAGAGAUGGAACAACUGAAUCCACAGAGCAUUCUGGUGACCGGUUCCAAUCGGGGACUUGGCUUGGAGCUGGUCAAGCAGCUGGCAGGGAAGAGCAACCCUCCAAAAUGGAUCUUUGCCACUUGCUGGGACUCAGCCGGAUCUGGUGCUCAGGAUCUGAAGAAUUUGGCUGCUGAACAUCCACAAAUUGUCAUCAUCACAUUGGACACAAAUGAUCCAUGCAGCAUUAAGGCUGCUGCAGCCAAAGUCACAGAACAUCUCAAGGGGGCCGGAUUGAACCUGCUGGUUAACAAUGCAGGGAUUUUAAAACUGAGCACAGUAGAGACAGAAACACCCGAAAACAUGUCGGACGUAUACAAAACCAAUGUCAUUGGGCCCAUGAUCGUCAGUCAGGCCUUCCUUCCCUUGCUAAGGAAAGCAUCCCAAAAAAGCCCUCAGAAAGGCAUGAGCUGCAGCAAAGCAGCGAUCCUCAACAUAACUAGCGAGUGUGGCUCCAUGACAAACCUCUUUGCCUGGCAUAUGAAUGAGCUGAUCUCUUAUCGUUGCAGCAAGUCUGCUCUGAACAUGCUGACUCGAUGCCAGUCCAUGCACUUUGCCAAAGAUGAGAUCCUGUGCGUUACAUUGCACCCUGGGUGGGUGCAGACUGACAUGGGAAACAAACUGGGAAAACCCCCAAUGACAAAGGAGCAGAGUUUGCGAGCUAUUUUGAACACCCUUGGCCAUCUCUCUGAGAAAAAUACUGGCACAUUUGUCAACUGGGAAGGGAAUCUUGUUCCCUGGUGAGACAACCAAGGUUUUGCUUCUCUGCACUGAAAGGCAAAGUUCUCAUCAAAGACAAUGCAGAUUUCUAUCUUUAGUGCUUGUUAUAUCCUGCUCUGCUGCAUGUGCUCCAACUCUCCUUUGCUUCAGAUAAUCUGUCUGGUGCCCAUCAAACGUUGCCGAUCAGCCAGGCUCUUUCAAACUGCAGGUCCCUGUGAUUCGUCUGAAUAUGUCCAGGUGUCACUGGCAGCGGUUGCAAAGCAGCCAUUUUGUAUUGGAAAAUUUUAUUUCCAGAUCUCUAGAAUCUAAAGCAUACAUUUAAGAGAUGCAUACAUUCAAGAGGAUGAUCUUUUCCCCCAAUUCCACAUCUGGCAACGCGAGUCUAGAUGUGGGCUGUA